AUUAAAGCGACGCACCCAGCUAAUGUUGCUAGCAAAUCGGAAGUAAACAAACUUCGCUAGCAAGUACAGAAUGAUCCAAAGAGGCUUCGUAAAUGUACUUUUGCAAGUGAACACGUUGUCCAGGACUGAAUCAUGCACACGAGCUCGAACGUGACAAUAGAGCACCAGCCCAUUUUUGCACGAGGGACUAAUUGCCAUCCAGAGUUGGCCAGCGCACGUUUCCCCGAGUAUGUAGGCAGUCCAGUGCCGCAUCGAGGAGAUUCGGGGGCGGAGGGAGCACCGCUGCCGCACGCGAGACGCCGGCAGCUCGGCAUCACGCGGAGCAGCCGGUCACCGAGCCACCGGAGCGUUCCUAAUCGACAUAUGGGAAUACAAGGUGGCGAGCUUGAGGUCGCUGCGAGGGACCCGUGCCGCGAGCGUCGUCGCCCCCGAGACGGCACGAGAGACAUCCUUGCCUCCAUCCCUCCGGGUCGAGGUCACUGGAGUGCAGCUCACCGCAGCGAUUUGAGGAUUCAAAAAGACCGGGACAAAAACCGAUCCCCAUACUCAUCAUAAUGGCACCUUUCGGUCUUGCUAAAUUGGAGGCUCGACUGCCGUUGCUUUUCCUCAUCGUGACACUGUUCGUGUGUGUGCUUGACUUUGCCGCAGCCGCAAUCCAAGGAUACGUUGGAGAAAAAGACCCGAUAUGCCCAUCCGUGUGUAGAUGCGACGAAGACUUCAUCUACUGUAAUGAUCGUGGCCUGAGCUCCAUCCCCUCACUGCCGGCUUCCGCAUCUGUCCUCUACCUUCAAAACAACCAGAUAAACAACCCUGGCCUUCCCACUUCCUUGGAACGCCAGCUUACUGUACAUGUAGUCUACCUCUAUGACAAUGAACUGGAUGAAUUCCCCGUGCACUUGCCACCGUCUGUCCGCGAGUUGCAUUUGCAAGACAAUAACAUCCGCACUAUUCCUCGUAGCGCUCUGGCUCGGAUGCCGCUACUGGAGAAGCUCCACUUGGACGACAACUCUAUUUCCACCGUCAGCAUUGAGGACCAGGCUUUCGCAGACAACCCCCGAUUGCGCCUUCUUUUCCUCUCCCGUAAUCACCUAUCUAGCAUCCCUUCAGGAUUGCCCGCAUCUCUGGAAGAACUCCGUCUGGACGACAACCGGAUCUCCACUAUUCCCACGCAUGCCUUCCGUGGCCUCACCUCACUGAGAUGUCUUGUUUUGGACGGCAAUCUGUUGGCGAAUCAGCGCAUUGCCGAUGACACAUUCUCACGUCUGUCCAACUUGACGGAGUUGUCCUUAGUCCGCAACUCCCUUCAGACUCCGCCCGUCAACCUUCCCAGUGCCCAUCUCCAGCGUCUCUCGCUGCAGGAGAAUGCCCUGAUUCACAUGCCCCGUGGCUCUUUGGAUGGCAUGCACAGGCUGCAAAGGCUGGACCUCUCUGGAAAUAAUCUCACCACCCUGCCACGGGGACUGUUCAAAGAUCUGGACAACUUAGGGCAGCUGCUGGUGCGAGGUAAUCCUUGGCACUGUGGCUGUAACUUGCGGUGGCUGUAUGAUUGGUUACGCGCCCGUGGUAAUUCAAUCACAGUGAGAGGUCUCACCUGCCAGGGGCCUGAAAGGGUGCGAGAAAUGGCCUUGAAAGACCUGACUGCUGAGAUGGAGGAGUGUGAAGUGGUGAGGACAGCUGGGACUAAAGACAGAGCAAGUAUUGGUGGAGCGGAUAGUUCUACCACCAACACACCUUCCCAAGGUUCCCUCUUCACCCUCCGGUCAAAGCGUCCCGGUCUGAGGCUUCCCGACUCCGGCUUGGACUACACUCUCAGCAGCAGUGGUGUAGGGAAGAGUCUGGCUCUCAAUGUGAAGCCUCUCUCUCAAAGUAGUGUCCGUGUUACCUGGAGUGUAGCGCAGCCAAGUUCUUCCUUCAGGCUCAGUUGGCUCCGACUAGGUAUCGGUAACGCCAUGGGAUCAAUCACGGAGACGUUGGUCCGGGGUGAUCGCCGGGAGUAUCUGCUUACCUCCUUGCAACCGCGCUCGAGCUACAUCAUCUGUAUGGUGCCCCUGCCUGCCAGCUCAGAGAAUAAAGGCGGGGUUUCAGGAGAAGCUGACUCUGAUGAAGCUCUGGUGUGUGCAAAAGCGGAAACCGCUGAUCCCAGCCCAUUGGAGGAAGACGAAGAGAAUCAUUCCCAACCUAUGACAGUGCUGCCCCUGACGGGGAUUAUUGGUGGGGCUACUGCAAUUGUAUCGUUGGCACUUAUCUUUGCCAUCUUUUGCUGGUACGGACACAGGAGUGGUCACUCGUGUUCCCGAGACCAUUACACUCGCAACGGCUCCCGCAAAAGCAAGAAUUAUGAUGACUACAUUGAGUCAGGCACCAAGAAAGACAAUACCAUAUUAGAGAUCCGCGGUCCGGGGUUGCAGAUGACACCGAUGUCAGCUUGCCAGCCGAUGCAGCCUAAACCCUUACAAGAGGAUUACAUCAUUCAUACCAUCUUCCCGUCCAAUGGCACUGGCCUGUACAAAGGUGCCAAUCAUAUGUCCAAUGCGAGGCAAAGCACCAACAGGGGUUACAGAGAAGGAGGAAUCCCAGACAUAGACUACUGUUACACAUGAUGUAUUGUACCAGAUCCUGACCGCAGAAUCAUUUGUAAACUGUAUCAGAUGCACAAUAUUCCUCCACACGGACACUUCGGAAGCACCCUUCUGUGCCUUUGACUUCUGGUAUCCCAUUCCAUAUUACCUGUUGUUUUCUGCACUAAGAAAACAGUAUGUGACGAUCUGGACCUGAAACUGUGUGGGGACAGUUCACUGCUCGGAGCAGACAAAACAUCCUUUGUGUAAAUGCGCAGUGGACCGUUUCUUGACAUCUUAGUAAUGGCCCGUGUAUGUUUUACUGUGUAUGCUUCCUCUCUGUGACAUGUAAGCAAAGAAUGUAUACACUGUGGAAAGAUCGGACGAUGGUGGAGACGGACGGCUUAGUCCUUCUCAAACAGGAGUCGCUAUCUUGAAUGGAAAUGAUGAUGAACUGACAUUUCUGACACUCAUCUCCUUCUCGCUCAUCGGUUACAGUAUGAAAUUUCAUCGAGCCGUUGGUUCUAUCGCGCCUCGAUUCUAUCGUCGUGCCCUACCAGCUAUCCAGGGAAAGGGCUUUGCCAAGCUGUGAAUUGUUCGAAUUCAAAAAUGAAAUAGCCACUUGUCUUAAAGUCAAGCUUGUCAUGCCCUUUUUCAGUUUUAGGCAGGAUGAAGAUCUUUUUUUUUUUUUUUUUUUGACUGGUCAGCCUUGGUCGUACCUCAGAUCUUUCACAUUCAAGCAUCGCCGCGUUGCACUACUGCCAUGGGACGCGACAUGAGCGUGUAAUUACAGUUGGUCUUAAGUGGAUUGUUUGAAAAUGUUCUUUGUUUUGAAACCAUCACAUCAUCCUGCACAUCUUUUUAUUUAUUUUCUUUCAUAUGUUUUUGUCUACACUGAAAUGCUCUUUAAAAUUGCUCACCCUUAUAUUUCUCAUUCAUGAACGAACCCCACUCUUGAGACAUUGAAUUGUUUCCGUCACGAUUGGCUUUUUCGAAGGCGAGGAAGGCAAGGCAAAAACGUGGAGGGCCCAAGUGCAGGGGAGGAAAAACUUUAGAUUUGAUUUCCCCAAAAAAGGGGCAAAACAAGGAACUUGGCUAAAGCAAACUAAACGAAGUCCCAAAACGGAUGAUCAAAGUGACAAAGAAACACUCGAACCAACCUAAAACCGGAAACAAGACAUGACUGGUAACGGAGACAUGGCACAGACGGAGACAAUGACAGUGAACCGACAAGAAGCGAAAGAAACCGGGGAACUGAAUGCAAACAGAUCGACGAGACAACGAGGAACACCUGGACGAGACGCGAGUGGCCGGACGGAGAGAGCCGAUUGGUCGACACGAGGUAGAAGGUUGACGACAACAGGUGGACACAAUAACUAAAUGAGCACACGACAAACAUGGACCCAAACCAAAACAGUUUCACCUAAAUAGAUAAAGGAGUCUCCAGGUGUACACAUUAUAUGAUAUGUAUUUUUCAAUAAGAACCCAUGCAACUUCAAUUUGGCAUCUGCUGAUUACUCUUGGCCUAGGUUGUGGACAAACAGAAUGGGAAAGUAACAAAUUGAAGUGGCCCAGAAGUGUAUUUAUUGGGAGCUUCCUGUGUGAGGCAAAUCCUCGCAAGGAGGAAAAAUUAGCCAUCACAUUUGACCUUCACAGCGGGCUAUCCAAGCCACGGACGACGGGCGAGCGAGCGGAUCGACGAUAGGCUGAUGACAAAGGUUUAUUGCUGUUUGUUCUUUGGAUAGUAAAAGACAUUUUUAUGAUUGUAUGAGCACUUAGCGGAGAAGAGGAAUAUAAAUGUAAUGAGAGAGUUACAUCUCCAGACGGUGACAAAGACCCAAAAUUGAUAGCUUCGUCAUGACGACGCUCAUCCGUGCAUUAAUAUGGGUUGGCUCAUCCACGAAUAGCUGGGAAUUGGGCCUCGGGCUUAAUCUUGUUUACUACCAUGUUACUUCCAAAAGGGAAACGAGUUGUGCUUCCUUCAUUGUUGCGCCUGCCUGAGUUUAAAAAAAAAAAAAAAGAAGAAGAGUGGUCUCUGACAACAAUGUCAGAGCAAUUUCUAAUUCUUCUUGCUCCCACAAGCUCCCAGGCCUGGAUACAUUCUAGUUAAAGGAAUGUUGACAUUCUGUAAUUGCUAUUUUGCAGUCAUAAUAAACUACAGAUGUGAAUACUAUUGAAAUAAUUGUUUGAGAGAAGUGCCAUUGAUCCAGUCUCAAAUGAUUUAGGGUCUAAAGAAGAACAACAUCCCAGCAGCUGUGGGAAUUUGAGCAAAAGCCGCAUUAUGGCGACUCCUCCGGGCAGCAUUCGUCAAUGCGAGACAGGCAUCCAAACAGACGUUCAGAGAGAGAGAGAGAGAGAGAGAGAGAGAGAGUCUAUCAUGCCUUUACAGUCGUUUGAAAAAAACAAAUGUGUUAAUUGACCCCCACCCCCAUACUCAAUCCAAUAAAAAGCCCAUCUCUAACACAUACCUUCUCAUCAUUUGUAUAAACAUAGUCAUGGCCACAAGCAUUUUUUCCCCUCUGAAACUCCAGAAAGUAAAGGGUGCCAUACAUUUAUUUGCAUAAGGUGUAUAUGUGAAAUACAAAUUUGAAUUUGUGUGACAUCAGAUGGAAUCAAUAAAAGUUUGGUAAUCUUGUUAUUGCUGAAACCUGUCAUUUCACCUCACGACUAAGAGCAACGUGACUUCCGGAAUGGAAACCAACUUUGCGAAACAAACAAAACCAGCGAGAUUUUGAAUUGGAGCCGAGCAGCGAGAUCAUUGGGACUCCGAGCUUCAAUGAAGAAAUGCUUGAGUAUUUGGAGGACCUGUUGGACUUUUUGCCAUCAUUUGCUAAUUUGGACAAAGAAAAUAAUUGUUUUGUCUGCAAAUCAAAGUCAUGAUUUGUACAAACAUUCUCAGUUGUAUUAGGUAUCGCAAAGUCCAAUGAAAUCAAUUUGAAGAGAACAAAUACUACGGAUCCGCGGUGAAAGUUGUGCUCUGAUAUUUGCUUUCUUUUUGUGCGAACAAUUUGCCAAUUCCUUAAAUGGGAUGCGAACGUAUCGUGACGACGGUUAUCAUUUUCUCCUCUGCUUGUACACACUGAGCAAUUGUCGGGCUGUCGUGAGAAAUCCCGCAAGUGUCGUGUCUUAUUCUGAUGGCUUCGGAUUGGAGAGACGGACUUCUGGUUAUUGCACUCAAACGCGUUCAAGAAAACCACCAACUAAGAGCUUAAGAAGAGUGAAAUGCCCCCAGUGUUUGAAUUGAAUUGUUUUAUUUGUGUCAUUUUCCUUCUUGAACUUCCUUGCGUUUUGCAAAAUUCAAAAGAUUGCCUUGCAAGUACACCUUGCGGACCCGCGGGCUCGUUGCAGGUGUGAGCGAGAAUCAACUGCUGCGGUGCGCCGUAAACAGUUUGUCGUGGCAGCAACAUUCGCCACCGGUUAAUUGGAUUCGCAGCUCUUCAACAUGCUGGUGUGCGUCCCAAGCAAACACAAAUGAAUGGAAGAGCAAUGGGAAAUGAUUCUUUACCAAUGGUCCUUGGAUUCCACGAAGCGUCCUUGAUAAAAGCAGUUGAGACUUUGGAUAACAUUCAAUGAUCAGUUAGGGGCUAGGCUAAAUAAACGAUUCUAUUUUAACUUGCGUUCUGCUGAAGUUUUGGACAAUUCUAAAGCCGCAACUUUUGGCCGUCCAUAAGUUUGUCCACCGCCAUCAGACGCUUUUGGAUGAACUAUUACAGCGAUUGUGAGAAAAGCCCUCGCACGAAUACACUCCAGCAUAUUGCAAAGUCUUCCCAGGAGAGUGGGAACUUUUAAUACCGACAAAGUUGGGCGCAAAAUGAUUCCCCUGGGCAAAUUAAAGAGUGAAAGUGAGUUUGUAUUCGCCGACGAGGCAUCUUUUGGCUGGAAAAGAAUCAUGGAGAAUAUAAGCCCUUUUCAAUGUUUUACCCUUUAUGGAAAUGAUUCAUAUGGCUGCCUGGUCUCAUUGGACAAUAGUCAAUUUGCACUUAAAACAUUGUGCACCAUUCUCAAGGGUUUUGGUGACUUGUAGCAAAAUAUAGAGCAUUCCAAUCCAUAAUGUCAUCAUUGGAUAUACCUGUACUGAGGAAUUUUGGACAUGAAACUUUUUGUCAAAAUGUAAAACAAUCAUGAAAAUAAUCAAGCGAUUUGGUAUGAAUAGCUCUUGUGAAUGGGUUUUGUCUUGUGCCACUUUCUUGUGUAAUUUGCAGAUUUGAAAAAUCAUUUGAGCUCAAAAUUCGGCCACGGUAUGACUCCUGACUUGACUGCAGGUAUCGCGGCCAUACGAUACCUGCAAUGUGUUUGUACGGAAAGAUGCGUCAUGUGGAUGCUCGACAACAGCUCGGUUACUUGCUGUGUCUUCCUGUGUCCUUCGGCACUCUCAGAGAUGGAAGAAGAUCCUCUUUCCGCGGUCAGUCACAGGACAGCUUAAGUGAGCGUGACCUGAAGCUUUGGGUAGAAACCUGCUUCUGGCCUCACUGCUCGACGAUUUAAGACGGUCCCCUAUGAAUCCCCUGUUGCGCUGCGAGAAAACAAAUGUAUACGGGAAGUUCAAAAUGAGAAAUAUGAGGCCAACAGAGGAUAUUGCGCAGAAAGGGAUUAUGGCGACGUCUCACUGUCUGAUUGGCCUGCUAUGCAGAUGAUAAACACUUAUGGGUUGAUUAACUCCUAAGACAAAGAAUAUAAGGAAUACAUUGAUAAAGAUUAUCCAUCCAUCCAUUUUCUGAGACGCGGGUCGCGGGCAUGCUGGAGCCCAUCCCAGCUGUCAUCGGGCAGGAGGCGGGGUAAGCCCUCAACUGGUUGUGAUAAAGAUUAGCUUUGCCUAAAUACGCUUUCCCCCCCCC